AUGCCUCUACGAGACCUCCCAUUUGGCAUGGAGAAACAUGCGGGAGAGGCUUCAUCCUCGCUACAUUCAGUUCACGGUCCCCUUCCAGUAGAUUCUGCUAGGAAGAACCGCGAAAUUGAAAGUUCCUGCUGCUCUAUCAAGGCAAAAUGGAAGACAUUCACGGACGUUCAGUCGCAUAUGAUUGCUGGUCAUUAUACUGCUAUAUUCUAUGGCUGUCAUUUUUGCGGUGCUCUAUUUCCUUCGGUGGAAGCCCUUUUGGCACAUACCGAUUGCACCCGAUGGACAGGGAUGCUGUUGAGUCAAAUGGUCAAGGAUGGAGGAAAGCAGAUACGCAAGGUUCAUAUGAAGGUCGCCUACAUGUUUCUUGUUUGUUCCGAUUGUGGUCUCUGGCUCCCCAUUAGGGUGAACUAUGCCGCAGAACGACUGCCUAAAGCAUGGAGCUUUUUUGCCACGGUUAUGGAAAAUCACACUUGUAAAAAAUUGGUGCCUUUGUUGAUACACAUG